AUGUCAUCUGCACUUGGAGUUCAGCAAGGUGACCCCCUUGGUCCUCUGCUCUUUGCAUUGACACUUCACCCCCUAGUGAAGACUAUUGCUUCUCAAUGCAAACUUGACUUGCACGCUUGGUACUUGGAUGAUGGUACAAUUAUUGGUGAUACAUUAGAGGUAGCUAAGGCUCUGAGCAUAAUAGAAACUGAGGGACCAUGCAGGGGUUUACAUCUUAAUGUAAAGAAAACUGAAUUCUUUUGGCCUUCUACUGACCCCAGAAGCACAGCUGACGAAGUUUUCCCCGCUGAUAUUGGUAGACCUUCUAAUGGUGUUAAACUAUUGGGUGGACCGGUGAGUCUGGAUUUGAACUUUAUCAGUGAUAUGAUGUUGAGCAGGGUGAAUAAGACUGUUCAAUUGAUGUCUGCUAUCAAGAAACUCAAAGACCCUCAAAGUGAGAUGCUAUUACUCCGCAAUUGCACUGGAGUUUCUAGAUUGUAUUUUGCAAUGCGUACUACCAAUCCUGCAGCCUUACAAUCUGCCACUGCCCUUUUUGAUGAUCACUUACUUAAGUACUUGAGACUUCUCAUCACUGGUGAUGGUGCGGGGUUUGGUCCUCUACAGCAGCGACUAUCUACCUUGCCCAUCAAAGAUGGUGGACUUGGCAUUUACACCAUGGCUGACACUAGCGCCUAUUGUUACCUUGCUUCUCAGUGUCAGACGACUUCGGUACAAAAGGUGAUCCUUGGUAAUUCAUUCUCAACUGAAAAAGGCUCUGCUUAUCAGUUUGCACUACAGAAUUUUGCUCAGAUGAAUGCUGAAUAA